GGAAAAGGCAACGACCGAAACUCUCGUCUGUCAUCGGAUUUGCCUACGCUCACGAAGCUCGACGCUGCCCCCUCCCUCAAGACUGCAAGAUGAAGGACGUUAUCAAGACCGAGGAGCUCAGCAUUCCCGAGGGGGUUGAGGUCUCCAUCAAGGCCCGCCAGAUCACCGUCACGGGCCCUCGGGGAACGUUGUCGAAGAAUGUCCGACACAUCGACAUGGACAUUCGGCUCGACAAGAGCAAGGAUAACAAGGUGAAGCUGGCGGUGUGGCAAGGUGGCAGGAAACACGUUGCGUGCCUCCGGACGAUUAAGAGCCUCAUCGUCAACAUGAUCAUCGGUGUCACGAAGGGCUUCCAGUACAAGAUGCGUUCUGUGUACGCCCACUUCCCCAUCAACUGCAUCAUCCAGGACAGCGGGAAGGCAGUGGAGAUCCGGAACUUCUUGGGGGAGAAGCUCGUACGGCAUGUGAACAUGUUGGAUGGCGUUACUGUCCUCGAAUCAAAGGCGCAGAAGGAUGAGCUCAUCCUUGAGGGUAACGACGUUCAAAACGUGUCGCAGUCUGCGGCAUCCAUCCAGGGCAUCUGCCGCGUACGGAACAAGGACAUCCGUAAAUUCUUGGACGGUAUUUACGUUUCGGAGCGGGGUACGAUCCUCCAGGAGUAGGACCCUCUCUAUGCCAUUAUCAUAUGGGUGUAUGUUGCGUUGGCGGCUAAAACUUGCAUUUCUACUAUCUUUGCUAUGACCAAUAUGACAACUUCAUCGCUGUGAA